CAGAUCGCUAUCGACAUGCACCCUCUGCCAGAGGAUCGCGUGCCCCGGCCUGUCUUGGGCAACAUUCACUUAAAGAAAGCUGUGAAGAAUGAUGGUGAUGAUGAUGAAGAUUACAUUUUCAAGAUAUUUCUGAAAAGGAAACCGAAAACUUUGGGGGCGGUUCAGAUAAUGAUCGCGAUAGUGACCCUUGGAUCUGGAGUGCUCCUGACGUUGUCUCCCCCUUCUUUGGUGAUGGUUACAAGAAUUCCCUUUGGGACCAGCUUAAUGUUUUUGAUUUCCGGUGCCUUGUCCAUUGCUGUAGAAAGAUUUCGGCCAAUCCUACAGAUUUGUGUUUGGAUCAACAUUGUGAGUUUCAUUUGCGCUAGAAUUGGAAUAAUAAUAUAUUCUGUGGAUCUGUUAUUCUGGAAUUCCUAUACCACCUCUACAGCGUUAAAUGUGAGCACUGCGGAGAUAAAGGGUCUUCUGUGUGCACUGGCUGUGCUGGAGAUGUGCAUUACAGCAGCCCUGCUGCAGUCCAGAUUCAAGACCAGCAGCACCACAGAAUGAUUGAAUGAGGACUCAAUGGAGUAACUGUAUUGUAUGUCCCCAGAGCUUUUAACUAGAGGCUUGGAUUAAAUCUGAAUGGCUAACUAUUUUAGGAACAUUUGCUGUAUAAUAACUGUAGAAAAAUGAGACAAUGCUAUUUCUGUGCUUUACAAUACCUAUUUUUAGACCAUGAAUAAGAUUAUUUUUACAGUGAAAGUUUUACAGUUAUUUUUACAGUUAACUUGUAUUUGGUUACUAAUAUGAAGCAAAGAAUAUAAUUGAAAGUUUUACCAAUUACCAAUUUUACCUCACUACUCUCUUGCUUUAAUACAUAUCUCAGAACAGAUAAGCACCCUGCUUUCAAACAUAUCCAAAAGCUCACCCUCGCUGUGUCUUUUUUAACUUGGCAAUUUUAUUUUUCAUAGAUUUCACACUCUUUUAUAAUGCAUGGUUUUUUGUUUUCAUCUAAAUUGGCUGUUUUUGGACAUGUGAAAUAUUGUGGUUAGAUAUUGUUUUGUAUGCUUUUGUAAUUAAAAGUUAAUA